AUGAUUAGACUUGUCCGGCCGAUAUCUCUUCUUCACCUUCACAUCGCACGACCAUCACCCGCAAAACAGAUUACAUCUUCCCAGUUUUCUUUCUAUCGAAAAAUGUCGUCUGAAGCACCCGCUGCGGGCACCCACAAGGACCCGGUGACGGGCGAGAUGAUCUCCAAGCAGGAGCUCAAGCGUCGCGAGAAGCAACGCGCUAAGGAAGCCGCGAAGGCAAGCAAGGCUCCUCCUGCCUCUGCUAAGCCUAAGGCUGCUGAGGCAGGCCCUGCUGAGGCCGACCUGAACCCUAAUCAAUACUAUGAGAUGAGAUGCCGUCAAAUCCAGGCGCUGAAGAAGUCUCAAGACCCUGCUCCUUAUCCUCACAAAUUCCAUGUCACCAUGUCAUUAACUUCGUACAUCAAGACAUACGGACCAGAAGGCAAGAUUGCUCCUGGAGACAAGCUCCCCGUUGUCGAAAGUCUUGCUGGCCGUAUUCACAACAUCCGUUCCAGUGGUCCCAAGCUCAUCUUCUACGAUCUGCACGGCGAAGGAACCAAAGUUCAGAUCCUUGCUACCCAGCAAGACGCGAAGGACCCAGAGUCCUUCAUCGCUACCCAUGAGCACUUCAAGCGUGGUGACAUUGUUGGUGUCACCGGUAACCCUUCUCGCACCAAGAAGGGCGAACUCAGUAUCACCCCUCAUACCAUGCAGCUUCUCGCUCCCAACCUGCACCAACUGCCAUCGGGCCAUUUCGGCUUGAAGGACCAGGAGACUCGCUACCGCAAGCGCUACCUCGACCUCAUUCUCAACAACAGCACCCGCGACCUCUUUAUCACCCGCAGCCGCAUUCUUAACUAUGUGCGUCGAUUCCUCGAUGACCUGGGCUUCAUGGAGGUUGAGACACCUAUGAUGUCUAUGCUUGCCGGCGGAGCCACUGCCAAGCCGUUCAUUACCCACCACAACGACCUCGACCUCGACCUGUACCUCCGUAUCGCCCCCGAACUCUACCUCAAGGAGUUGGUCGUCGGUGGGCUCGACCGUGUAUAUGAAAUCGGACGUGUAUUCAGAAACGAAGGCAUCGAUCUGACCCACAAUCCCGAAUUCACCAUAUGCGAAUUCUAUAUGGCUUACGCUGACAUGACGGAUUUGAUGGAGAUUACCGAGGCCAUGCUCGAGGGCAUGGUUAAGGCGCUCACCGGCGGAAAGACCACCAUCACCUACCACCCUGAUGGCAACAAGGACCAGCCGGACUCUAGGAAGGUCGUUCUUGAUUUCAAGAGGCCCUGGAAGAGAUACGACAUGAUCACGACUUUGGAGGAGAAGCUGAAUGUCAAGUUCCCGCCUGGCGAUCAGCUGCAUACUGAAGAAACGAACAAGUUCUUGAGGGAGCUGUGUGUCAAGCAUAACGUGGACUGCAGCGAACCUCGCACGAACGCGCGUAUGCUCGACAAGCUGGUUGGAGAAUUUAUUGAACCUCUUUGCGUGUCACCAGCCUUCAUUGUUGGCCACCCUCAAGUUAUGUCUCCUCUUGCUAAGUGGCAUCGUUCGCGACCUGGUCUUUGUGAACGUUUCGAAGGCUUCAUGUGUGGAAAGGAGUUCUGCAAUGCCUAUACGGAAUUGAACGAUCCUUUCGAACAAAGGCUCCGCUUCGAAGAACAGGCUAGGCAAAAGGAUCAAGGUGAUGAUGAAGCCCAAGGCGUCGACGAGACUUUUAUUGACGCACUUGAGCACGGUCUCCCACCAACUGGUGGAUGGGGUCUUGGAAUUGACCGUCUUGUCAUGUUCUUGACCGAUUCUACUAACAUCAAGGAGGUACUCCUGUUCCCCGCCAUGAAGCCCCAGGAUACCGUGCCCCCUGCUGCCACCACAGGAGGUCAUCCCCUUGGACAGUCUGGUCAGAUCUAG